ACCUUCCCCAUAGCUGUACGUCCUCCAUCGAAGCGCAUUCUGGGCUUUCUCACCUCCAUUGCCGCAACUCGUCUCUUUCUCUCCAUAGCUCUCCUCCAUUGAAGCGCAUUUUGCUGAGCUUUCUAACCUCCAUUGAAGCGCAUUCUGAGCUUUCCAACUCCAUUGUAACAACUUCGAGUUGAUAUUAUAUCAACUAUUGAAUUUGACAAGACUGGGGAUCACCUUGCUACUGGAGAUCGUGGGGGCCAGGUUGUUUUGUUUGAGAGAACCGACAGAAAGGGUCCUGGUGGACCUAGAAGAGAUCUUGUUAGUAGGCAUCCUGAGUUUCGCUAUCAGAUUGAGUUUUAGAGCCAUGAACAAGAGUUUGAGUACCUAAAUAGUUUAGAGAUUGAGGAGAAAAUUAAUAAGAUCAGAUGGUGUGAGAUGGCUAAUGGCGCACUAUUUCUUCUUUCCACUAAUGACAAAACCAUCAAAUUCUGGAAGGUUUCGGGAGAAAAGAAAAGAGAGGUGUUUUGUAACAAAACAGGUAUACCAUACGAAAGGAGGUUGCUCAAAGGAUGCACCACAAGAAUGGCCAAUUUGCAUCUUUGAGAGAAGGUUCAACAUCUUUCAAUUUGGAAGCUAAAACGAACUUAGUGGUUGGUAGAAGCCUGGGACCAGAAACUAUGAGAGUCCUUGUUAAUUUAAUCCCCCUCCUCCCAUAUGCACAAUGUGCUGAAGGAUAGUAAUUAAUUUAUCUCCGAAUUCCUGCUUAUUCCCUUUCUAAUUUUCUCUAUAAUUUCUAGUUCAAACAAGUGUCAGCAUUGUGGUAGUGAAAAUGAUACACCAGCGAUGCGACGUGGACCAGCUGGUCCAAGAACCUUGUGUAAUGCUUGCGGACUGAUGUGGGCCAACAAGAAAUCUUGUUGGAGCCGAUUUGGGUGGUGAAUUGGGGCAUAGGAUUAUUCACAUCUAUUAAAUCAAUUCUUGCAGUCUUUUAUUGUUGAUCUACACGAGAAGAUGACUGGCAUUAGCAUCUAUGGUGCAGUUAUGGACAUCUCUCGAGAAGCAAAUACUGCAAAAUCUAUAUUCAAUAUGAAGAUUCAAGAUCCAACAGGAGCUAUUUGUGUAAAGUUGCAUUUUAAUGAAUCUUGGUCUUUAGGGAGAUUGAGUCUUGGUCACACUGUGUACAUCUCUGGUUUGACAUGUGCCAAGACAAAACACAAGGGUCUAGAAGCACGAUGGUUUGAAAAUGGUCCUGGAACUUCCUUUGUCAACCUAAGCUGCUUGCCUGCAAUCUUGAACUCAUCUUGUCUCCACAAGCAUUCUUACCUUGCUGAUGUGUCAAGGCAGAAUACUGGUACACAUAUUUGCAGGGUGUGGCUGGACCAAAUUGAAUACUGUCAUGUUAAUACAAGAUUGGCACAUGUUACUUGUGGUCAUUUUGUUAAGACAACUGCAAGUGGUUCUGUUGAAUGUGAAUUUUGUUGCUGCAGCUGUGAGACGAAAACUAGACGCACUUUCCAUGUAAAAAUAACUGUGGCUGAUGAUAGUGGUAAAGUCUUUGCAUGGUGUACUGGUCAAAAUGCGAUUGAACUACUGCAAAUAUCUCCAGAUGAAUUCUAUGAAUUGCCUGAGGAGGAACAAGUUAUUUACCCAUGUUCGCUGGAGAACGAAAGAUACAUGAUAGCAAUUGUGAACUGUGGUCAGCAGGAAACCAUCUUCAAGGAAUGUUUGACUGCAGAAAAUGAGAUGGUAUACUUCAUCUUCGUUUCAAAUUUCUGAUUUGCUUAUUGAAUUGCAAUAAAAAUCCCAACCUUGUAUUUUAUUUUAUUGUAUAUUUUAUUUUUUUGGACGAAAAUUGUAAUAUU